AUGCCUCCUUCAGCGGUGACAGGGGGAGGGUUCGCCAGUCUUGGUCUGUCGUCGACUACUCUCCGGUCGCUUGCUCGGAUGGGGUACGAAGAGGCUGCUCCCGUACAGAAGCAGGCCAUCCCUCUAGGUCUCAAUUCGGGCGAUGUGAUUAUCCAAUCUAAGUCCGGUAGCGGUAAGACCUGUGCCUUCGGUGUUAUCGUCUGCGAGUCCACAAUUCCCGGGAUGGAGCAGAUUCAGAGCAUCGUCAUAGCCCCUAGCAGGGAAAUCGUGAACCAGAUACGAGAUGAAAUGCUACAGAUUUGUCACUAUUCUCGCCAAGUGAUCUCUACUGUAGGGGAGUUUACAUGUAAACAGAAGCAGGCUGCCGAGAUACCCGACAUCCUCAUCGGCACAAGCAAUCAAGUGUAUCUCCUUUUCCGGCAAGGACAUGUGCCCAUGUGCUCCGAUGAUGCCCUCUUGGUUAUGGAUGAGGCGGACAUCAUGCUGGACAGCUCACGGGAUCGGAAGUAUCUAACGUAUAUCACACGCGGUCUACAUUAUCUAUGCAAUGACGUCAAGCUCAUUCUCUCCUCUGCAACGCUGCCACCUCAUGUGUUACCGUAUGCGGAGGAGUUACUAGAGUAUAUCGAGCCUAAAGGAAGUAGGGAAUUUAGCCGGGCCACACUGUGUAGAAGUGACACCAUUGACCCAGCGGAGAACGCCCUGCUGACUCACAUCACCCAUGCAAUCUGCGUAUUACCUAAAGAGGCCAACGGCGACAUACCAUGGGGAUUGGAGAAGCUGCUUGAGAAGGAGCGAUACCAUCAAUGUAUUGUCUUCUGUACAUCGGUACCACUGGUGAAGAUGAUCGCUGCCUAUCUGCGUGACUAUGUGUCCUCAUCAUGCAGAGUAGUGGAGACCUCAGAAGACCAUAGCAUUGCUGAGCGCUCAGUGGCUAUGGAGUUAUUGAGCUCCCAGGAACAUGGAGUAGUGGUAGCUACAGACGAGGUGUUCUCCCGAGGAGUCGAUGGACCUCUGGUGGAUCUGGUCAUCAAUAUCGGGCUCCCAGAGACCAAGGAAACAUACCUGCAUAGAUCUGGUCGAUGUGGACGCUUUGGUCGUCCUGGCACCUGCAUUACUCUUCUAGAAGGCACCAACGAAUUGGAUGAGAUACGGUUCCUUUACGUUCAACUCGGUGUUCCUUUUGAGACUGUAGUAUUGGAGCAGCCGGCUCCCAUUGCUGUCCUUGUACCUCCGAAAAACUGUUAUUACUUUAUGUCUAAUCAUCCUUUUGCGAUCCAUACUGAUGUAGAACCCCGGAAGCGUGAGCUGCGGAAGUUGCACGCCUCCGUAUGGGGCUUCGACUGUACCGCAGACGCUUCGCACUGAGCCGUG